GUGGGCCUGCUGCUGUAUUGUCUGCUCUCCCUUGAAUCUCGCACAAGACGGUGGCAAUCUGGCAACGAGCCUGAUCGAAAACGAAGCAUAAAGGCCGUGUACAAAUGAAGGUCGAUAAUGAGGAAGCACGAAAAGGAAGGAAAGCAACAAGCGAUACGGUGUGCAACUUCUUGACAUGCAUUGCCCUCGUCAUACCCUCCGCAGGGGGCAAAAGCACGGCUGCGAGAAGAUUCCCAGUACUCGAUAUUGAUAGCAUCCUAGAUCUGGAAGACCCGAUGGUCACGAGAGCAUUACAUCACCACGAACGUGCGCUGGAGGACGAUUCACAGUGGGAGAAAGGUAACAAGCUGUUAUGGAAAUUCCAAAAGAAGUGGCUUCGCCAGAACAGUGCCGGUCGCGUUCGAGCAGUCCUGCUGCAUUCUUACGAACAAGCGCAAGCUCUUGGAUUUGAAGACAUCCACAUUCUUGUCCCAUCACUUCAUUUGCAUGCACAAGCGAUGAAAGAGCGCAGUCCAAGGGGUCAGCGCAUAGCUCGCUUGAACAGGGAAGUCGUUGUCAGCGAGGGUCACAGGACGAACGUGCAAAUAAGGCUAUAUUCUUCGUGGCGAGAAUAUACAUUGCAUCUGUGCACAAUUAUGGCCACAGUGGUAGAGGAACAUCAUCAAAUGGAUUGAAGAGCGCGGGAGGAUUGCAGAUGCUCGAUGCUUACUUCAAAAAAUUAAUGAAGAUGCGUUCGUUUUUGUGA